UCGGGGAUUGCCACACAACACCGGUACCGCACAGGAUGAGUUUGCACUUCCUGAAGUAAUAGUUCUCCAUAUUGAUCAGCAGGAUUUGCACCUGCGAUUUCAAAUUUGUCUGGUUCAAAAUCUAUUACGCUAGGUCAUGGGAUUAAGCAAUCUGGGACCAGGACGGACAGUGGUUCUAAGAGCUGCUAUUCUCCUGUUCAUGUUUGUGCAGACCACCAGUGGGGGGAACAUCUUAGUCUUCCCUGUGGACGGCAGCCAUUGGGUCAACAUGAAAAUCCUGAUGGAGGAACUUCACGCCAGGGGCCACACGAUGACCGUCAUCCGCCCCUCCUCGACCAUGUACAUCACUGAGACCUCGCCGAUGUACACCUCCAUCACCAUUCCGGACGACCUACGGUUUGACGACUUCUUCGAUGACUACUUGCAGAAGCAGAUAGAGUUCCUGAAAGGCGAGGCGUCCACGAUCACGUUCUUCAGCGGCUUGGCAGAGUUCUUUACCAUGCUGUCUGACGCGCACCGGCUCACCUGUGAAAUGCUGGAAAAGAUGUUUGGCGAUCCAGACCUGAUGCAAAGACUGCGAGAUGAGAAGUUCGACCUCGUCCUCACCGAUCCUGCCAUCUCUGGUGGAAUCAUGCUGGCCCGCUACCUCAACCUUCCCCUGGUGUUAAAUGUUCGCUGGAUCUGCAGCGGUGAGGGCCACUUUGCCAUCGCCCCCUCCCCUCUAUCUUACAUCCCAGUCCCAGGGUCUGGCCUUUCGGAUGUAAUGACGUUCCCUCAAAGGGUAAAGAAUAUCCUGUUUUACGGCCUGAUCCACUUCCAGGACAUGUUCGUAGUGGGCCCGCACUAUAAAAAUUUAUGUAGCAAGUAUUUUGAUGCUGAGUGCGACGUGCUGGCCUACACUCAGGCCGCAGACAUCUGGCUCAUGAGGCUAGACUUUGUGUUCGACUUCCCCCGGCCCACUAUGCCAAACGUGGUCUACAUGGGCGGCUUCCAGUGCAAGCCCUCCAAACCCCUUCCCGACGACCUGGAGGCCUUCGUGCAGAGCGCAGGCGAGCACGGCAUCAUCAUCAUGUCCCUGGGCACGCUGGUCAAGGGGCUCCCCCACGACAUGGCGGACGAGAUAGCCGCCGCCUUCGCUCAGCUGCCUCAGAAGGUCAUCUGGAGGCAUCUGGGGGAGAAGCCCUCCACCCUGGGCAACAACACCAUGCUGGUGGAGUGGAUGCCCCAGAACGACCUGCUGGGUCACCCGCAGAUCAAGGCCUUCGUGGCGCACGGGGGAACCAACGGCGUCCAGGAGGCCAUCUACCACGGCGUGCCCGUGCUGGGCGUCCCGCUGUUCUUCGACCAGUUCGACAACCUGCUGCGCCUACGAGAGAGAGGCGGAGCACUGAUCCUGGAACUGUCCGAACUGAACCAGCACACCUUCCACGAGAGGCUGCAGGAGGUCAUCCACAAGCCCAGCUACAGGGCGAAUAUGCAGAGGCUGUCCAGGCUGCACCGGGAUCAGCCCAUGCACCCGCUGGACGUGGCCGCGUUCUGGGUGGAGUUUGUCAUGAGGAAUAAAGGAGCUGCUCACCUGCGCACUGACUCUUACAAGAUGCCCUGGUACACCUACCACUCCAUAGACGUCAUGCUGACAUUGAUGUCUGUACUUGGACUUGUAUUGUUUACUACUGUAAUGGCUAUUAGGUUUGUGUGCUGCAGGAUGUUCUCCAGAAAGAAAACGAAGGCUGAGUGACUUCAAAUACAGUAAGAGAACUAGAAAUGCAGUGCGAGUGUGGUGUGUGAGUGCAGACCUCCGCCAAGGAAGCUGUUUGAUAGUCAAAUGUUCUAUGUUACAUCCUAUUUUUUUCUAAGUCUUUCUACCUUGUUUUUGUGGAGUUAGAAACUGGAACGUCAAAAUCGGCCCUAUCCCACAAUGGUUAAGAACCUUUUAAAAACAUCCUGAAAAUGACAUAGGCUAGGCUACAGACAAACAAAAAGACAAACAGACCAAAAGGCAAACCAACGCGACCGUUAUAAAACACCACUUCAUUGUUUGUUCUACCGGUAUUUCAGUAAAUAUUUUACCAGAUGAAUGAUACUUCUGGGUGGACCUUUCAGACUCAUUACUCCAUGUGUUUUAACCCCUCAGUAAGCUGAGGAAAUAAAAUAUCUAAUGUAUUAUUGAGGGAAAAUAAUAACUGAAGUUGGGAUAUACAUAUUUAAGAACGGAAUAAACCUCUAAUAUAUAUUUCAA